CAUGCCAAGUGCCAAAGAAAAAGAGGGGGGGUUGGGUUGUAAAUUGUAAUAAAUAAAGAAUGGAGAAAAAGAAAAGAAGCACAUUGCCAACCCCAUCCCCAUCUUUGAGUCAGAAGUUGCAGCAAAAGGCUCCUCAUUCCUCUCAACCCAAAUGAAACUUCCUCCUCCUCUUUCUUCACCUCUCUUCUCGUCCUACUCAUACUUCACCUGGAUUUGUUCAUGCAAGAUCCAAAGAAGUCACAAGCAAGACGUUGGUUAAGCCGGUGGGCGAAAAUAAUGGGUCCGCCCUCCUUACACCCACGUUCGAAACUUCCUUCCCAUAAUAGUUGAGUAUAUUUGUAAUGCUUGACCAAGGCCAGGUAAAUUCGUAAUGCUUAGAGAGUCUAAGAUUUGACCUUUGAAAUUUUUAGACUUUUACUUAGCCCUUGUACUUAUCUGUUACGACAAAUAAGUGACUCCUCUGGUUCAAUUCGUUAAAUCUAUAAACAUAUUAAGACAAUCAAUGCUCGCUGAAUAUGUCAAAGAUAAGUAGGUUUCAACUUUCAAUCCAGACUUGGCAAUUUCAUCUUUGAAAAAACCCCCAAACUUAGCAAAUGGGCAGUUGUCUUCGACAACAUUAGAAUUAAAUUGGGUAUAAAUUAAAUGAAGUAGUAGUCUUCAAGAGGAAAUUAGAAUCCACGUUCAACCAAUCUUCUUCAAAAUAUGUACAUCACAUUGGCUCCAUUUGUGCGUAAUUAUUAUCCUUGUGAUUUCUUGAAGCAUGUAGAAAAGCAGAAGCAGAGCCAUGACGUCAUUAUUGUUGACAUGCACUUGUUUUUGCUUAGGAAUAAUAAGCCUUGGUAUCAAAGAGCAAGAGAGAUGGGCAUGGGCAGUCUAUGGAGAAGCAUCAACAAUAACAAUUCAAAGUCCACACAAGUUCCAGCAGCAAAUUCCACGCUAUGGAAAACCCUAGUCAAUGCCAAAAGUAGUCCCGGCACAAACCCUAAUAAUUUUCCUGCACCAAAUUCCAACUCCAAUUCCAAUAAUGUUAGGCACAAACUGAGAAAAUGUACCUCUCUAAAGGUUGCCACGUCAUUUACAAGGGUGUGUCUUUGUGCACCAAUAUCUUCCUACAAUGAGGUUUUUAGGGCUGAGCUUCCCCCAAGAAGAAGCAACAGCUACCCAAGAAUGGGGUCCUAUUCCAAGCCAUUGGGCACAACAACUACUUCUAGUGCCAGCAUUGCGCAAGCACGGCUUAGCACUGAUCAUCCAGGAAUUAGAAGAGUGUUUCGGGGAAAGUCGCUGACCGACGACGUUUUGAUGAGAAGGUUUGUGGUGGAAGAAGAAGCAAUGAUGCAGGUUAGAAGGAGAAAUCAAAUGGAAGUCAUAAGGAGAAGAAGUGUGAUGAGGAGGAAGAGCCUUGGGCCUAGUCCUCUUUGUAGAAUGGUUUUGGCUGAGGAGGAUUAAUGAAUUUUCAGCUUUUCCCUAAAAUAAUUUUCAGCUUUCCUCUCUCUGGUAUAUCUUUCCCCCAAAAUUAAAUAUUUUUUGAUGAUGUAGCAUUAUUGGUUGGUGUACAAGUUUUAUGGGAAAUAUUAUGGUCUCUAAAUUUUAAAUGCUAACGAAUGAUUCAAUUUUUGUUGUUGUAUAUAAUUAUAUAUAUGCAACUGAUCGACAGAAUGGUGGAACUAUUGCAAUUUUU